AUGGCGCCCUCAGUGCUUUACCCCAUCUGUAUGCCAACUGGAUGGGGCCCAGAAAGAAAGAUAGGACAUGUUACUAGCUCCCCACACAUACCGCUGGUUCGAACUCUGACGAGUCUGCAGCUGUUUCAGCAUGCCAUUACCCACCAUGAUGUGAUGUUUGUUUACGUGGGGGCGACAUCACAACUCAAGGGAAACUACACUUCAGCUUCAGAAGAACUCAUCGUCCACACUUACUUCUUUUCUGCUACCAGAGAUGUCCUGCCAGAGGGGGUUUCUCUGGCCUUUCUUCCGGCUGUGGUGGUUUUUAAAGAUGGAACCUUCUUCACUUACAGCGAGGAGCAUGACGGUGACCUGAAGUCGUGGAUCAAGAGAGAACGCUUCCCCAACUUCCUGAAGAUCGAUUCCUACACUCUGUACGCCAUGGGAGAGUCAGGUAAACUGGUGGUGUUGGCACUGGUGGAGGAGGGGUUCCAGUCUGAGGAGAGCCUGAGGUAUAAAACCCUGGUGGAGAAAGUUGCUGCAGAGCACAGAGACACCUAUAGCAGGAACUUCUACUUUGGCUUCAUGGAAGGAAGCGAAUACAUUAGAGGAUACGUGAUGGGUGAGGUCACUGUUCCAUCCUUAAUGGUGGUGAGUCUCUCCAAUGACGGUUACUUCCUGCCACCGUGUCCUGUAGACACAGAAGACCACCUGCUGGACUUCAUGGACGGUAUCCUGGAAGGCAGCGUGGAGGCCCAGGGAGGAAACGAUGUUGCUCAGCGUGUCAGACGCUGGAUUUAUGAAGCCAAAGUCUCUCUGACGCCGGUCUUCAGAGAUGCGCCGGUGCUCGGCUGUUUCCUUGUUGGCUUCCCGCCAUCCAUGGCCGCCAUUUUCUUGUACCUCUGCUGCAAGAACCGCCCCAACCUAAACGAAGACGAGGACGAGGUCGCUGUGACGGCGUCCUCAGCGCAACGCAGCAAAUCGCUGGCCGAGAAGAAGGCGGACUGAUGAUGGCGACGAUCUGGAAAGAUGUGCCGGUUUCUGAAUGUGAACCCAGCGGGUUCUCUCUUCAGGUCC